AUGAAUAAUGAUGAUGAUGAUGAUGAUGAUGAUGAUGAUGAUGAAUGCCCAACAAGGCUCCAAAGAUCUUGGCGAUACGAGCAAGAAGGGCGCAUCCCAAAUAUUAGGCUGCUUGAAGUAACUUGCAUUGUCUUUCGAGGACGAAAAUGUACCGGUUACGCAUUAAAAUCAAUCGAGUUUAUCAACUGCGAGAAGAGAUUAUCGGUUACCUCUUUUCAAUUCUCGGGUGCGACAAUUAUCUCGACCAACUCUCAGUCACCCACCAGAAAUCCUGUGGUAUGUGGUAUGACAAUUGAUGCAUUUAAGCAAAAGAUAAUAAGACAUCCGACUCCAAUUAGAAUACAGCGGGGCAUCGAAUGCUUGGCUGGAGGAAACGUCAACGCCCUCCAUCUGGUCUUGAGGUCGGACCGUCUAUCGGAAUGUGAUAAAUCGGAAGUAUGGACACCCGUACUCCGCAUAAUGCACGUAGAUGCAUGGCACAGGGCAUAG